AUGAGUGACUCUCAGGGCUCGGCUAUUUACGAAGAUGCUACGGGAAUCAACGGAAACGGAAAAAUCUCGGCCGAAGAACCUGAAAAUUGUCAGCUACCGCAAGAAUCUAAAAUUGGACACGACAUCCCCAUGCUUCUAAGAUCUUCGGAAAAAGUCGAACUAUGGCCAAACGCAGAUAUCAAUGAGGCCUCAAAGCCAUUCAUCGAUCAAGCCGGAAAAAGAUAUCAUCAAGGGUGGCUUGCACCUUACAUCGAACGAGAUUUGUCCACCACUCUCCGAUCCUCGGAAAAAGUAGAAUUAUGGCUGAGGGCUCAUUUUUCGAACUACCAAACAAGAGCUUGUUUUCACGAAAAAGACAUACCCUCUGCGGAACAAAGUGAAAAGCCAAAUACAGUGCAAAGUGUGAUCACGAGUUUGGCUGCAGUAGAGAUUUCAUCCUGA